AUGGCACCCUUAUCACCCACAUCAGCCGCGGCUCUUGAACGAUUAAGACAGUAUAAGCCGCCAGAAACGGUAUGGCCUUCAAUGCCGUUGUCACGCAAAGCGGCUGUGCUGAUCCUUCUGUUUGCCGAUGCCUCUGGAGAAUUAAGGGUUGUCAUCACCAUGCGAGCGAGUACCCUGAGUUCAUACUCUGGACACGCGGCAUUGCCAGGAGGAAAGGCCGAAGAAGGAGAGUCGGCAUUCGAAGCUGCCAGACGGGAAACAUCCGAAGAGAUUGGUCUCCCCAGACGCGAGAGUGCACUGCCUCCUCCCUUCAGAGUUGAACACCUUUGUGAGAUGCCUACAAAUCUGGCCAAAACAGAACUCUUCGUCCGUCCCUGCGUGGCUUUCCUACACUCUUACGAUCCCGAAACGGGACUCGAUGCCAACGUCGCAGAGAAGCUCCUCCCCAGGCUAGAUGCGAGAGAAGUGGCUGCUGUCUUCACUGCUCCAUUUCGGAACUUUUUAUACCAUCAAGACCUACCUAAUCAGGACAAUCUCCCUGGUGAUCCAGAUGAUUGGUACGAAGGUGCCUGGACCGACUGGCAUCAGAACCAAUGGCGUAUGCACAAUUUCUUUGUGCCGGUGACAAACCAAAUUGUCUCGAAGCCGAAAAGAAACGAAGGGCAAAAGAUCACUGCCGACCACUUGGAGAAACUAUCUAGGUACCGAGUGUUCGGUAUGACUGCAAGGAUUUUAGUCGAUGCAGCUCGCGUCGCUUAUAACCAGGAACCAACAUUCGAGCACAACAGUCAUUUUGGCGAUGAGGAGAUGAUAACCCGCCUUCGCAGAGUCGGACGAUUGGGCGACAUAAGAAGGCCAACGGAUGAGCUCACCAAAGAAGACCUGGUCAAAGCCGCAAAGUUAUGA